AUGCUGGGGGUCUCGGGGAGAGACUGGCUUUGCUUUCUCUUCUUUUCACUGCCUGUCCUAGGGCUGCUGGCGGCUCAGGAUUCGAGAUGGAGAAGAGGAGAAAGUGAAGCAAAUCCCUUGCCACAGCAUGAAUUGAUAAUACCUCAGUGGAGAACAGAGAGCCCAGAUAGAGAGAAGCAUCCCCUCAAAGCUGAACUCAGGAUAACUGCAGAAGGGAAAGACCUCAUCCUGGACCUGGAGAAGAAUGAGUACCUCUUUGCUCCUGGCUUCACAGAAACACAGUACACACUAAGCGGAAGUCGUCAAGUCACGCCAUUGAAAGCUGAAGAUGACUGUUUUUACCAUGGAAAAGUGAGAAGGGAAGAACAAUCCAGUGUUACGCUCAGUACCUGCAGAGGCAUCAGAGGCCUGAUUGUGGUGAGCAGCAACCUUAGUUAUGUCAUCGAACCCUUUCCAGAUGGGCAGGGUCAGCAUCUAAUUUACAGAUCAGAGCAUCUCAAGCUGCCUGCUGGGAGUUGUGGUUAUGAGCAUUCCCAACCCAGUGCCAUGGACUGGGUUCUGCAGUUCUCAAACCAAGCCAGGAAGCAUCAACGAAGGGUUAGGAGGGAAGAUUUAAAGUCUAUGAAGUAUGUGGAACUCUACCUGGUAGCAGACUAUGCAGAG